AAACAACAAAUCUGUGAUAGAAUUGUAUUUAUUACAUUAAGCUUAAAAUGGUGCGCGUAGAUUUAUCGAAAUUGGUACAGCUGCAGGCUGAUGCCGCACAGGUGCGUAACAUAUGCAUUCUGGCACACGUGGACCACGGCAAGACAACGCUUGCCGAUAGUUUGAUUGCAAGAAAUGGGAUCAUAUCGACGCGGCUGGCAGGUAAGCUACGCUACAUGGACAGUCGGCCGGAUGAGCAGGAGCGUCAAAUUACCAUGAAAAGCAGCAGUAUAGCGCUGUACUUUCGGUGCACAUCGGACGAGGAAAAGCACACCGAAGAAGAAUAUCUGGUGAACUUGAUCGAUUCUCCUGGACAUGUGGAUUUUAGUAGCGAAGUAUCAACCGCCAUCAGGCUUUGCGAUGGAGCAAUAAUCGUGGUCGAUGUAGUGGAAGGUGUUUGUCCUCAAACACGCGUCUGUUUGCAGCAAGCGUAUAAUGAGCAGUUGUCCACCGUUUUAUUGUUGAACAAAAUCGACCGCUUGGUGCUGGAAAAACGCCUCGAUCCAGCGGAAGCAUAUCAUCACCUCGCCCAAGUCCUGGAGCAGGUUAAUGCCGUUGUGGGAAAUCUGUUCGCCACGGAUGUGUUAGCAAGGGAGCAGAUCAGCACGACAGCCGAUCAAACAUCUGCCCUGGAGGAAGCGGAUGAUUCUUUUCUUUAUUACACACCCCAGCAGGGUAACGUACUAUUUGGAUCGGCACUCGAUGGAUGGGCUUUCGAUUUGGCAACGUUUGCCCGGUUUUAUCAGGGCAAGCUGGAAGGUGUAUCGGACAGUGUUACGCUGCUGAACGCGUUGUGGGGUGACUAUUUUUAUUCUCCUCGUAAAAAAAUGAUCGAAGCCGGUGCUACGGAGAAAGGUCGAAAGCCACUCUUUGUGCAGCUGGUACUGGACAAUCUAUGGAAUAUUUACGGGCUGGUAGAAAAUCGAGACGAAGCAAAGCUUCGUACCAUUUCGGAGCGUUGUGGAGUGGUGCAGAAUGUGCGCGAUUUACGGCACGCGGAUGGACGGGUGCCGGUAAGGAAUUUACUUUCAGGCUGGUUGCCAAUGGAACGGUCGCUGCUUGGUGCCGUUUGUCGGGCUGUUCCCAAUCCUAAAGGGAUUAGUGAAAUGAAGGCAGAAAAGCUACUUUGCUCCAGGCUGGCCGAUUUCGGAUCUUAUCCACCGGAAACUCAAGCUCUAAAGCAGAACAUUAUACGAUGCGAUGCGGACAGUGAGCGUUUGAUUGUAUUCGUUUCGAAAAUGUUUCCCAUCGAGCAUGGCGCAUUGACUGGCGCGAAGGACACGCUGGAACGACUAACAAAGGCCCUUUCAUUAGACGAUGGAGGAGCUGCUGCUGGUGGUGACGGAGAGGUGGAGAUAUUUCUGGCCUUUGCAAGAGUUUACAGUGGAACAUUGCGAAAAGGAUCGCGCGUGUUUGUGAUUGGACCGAAGUACGAUCCACGAACGAUGAAACCGAGCGAUAGUGAUGCACUAAAUCCACAUCUAACCGAGAUCGAAAUUGAUAGCCUCUUCCUACUGAUGGGACGCCAGCUAGAACCGGUUGAUUCGGUACCUGCAGGGAAUAUAGUCGGAAUAGGAGGUUUACAAAAUGUGGUACUGAAGACGGCGACACUCAGCAACACUCGUUUCUGUCCACCGUUUGUGGACCUGCCCCUUAUAGCGACACCAAUUCUGCGAGUUGCAGUUGAACCGAAAGACAUUCAAAAAAUGCCUCAACUCGUUCGUGGUCUAAAGCUGCUCAAUCAGGCAGAUGCGUGUGUUGAGGUGCGUGUGCAGGAAAGUGGUGAACACGUGCUGCUGACGUUGGGCGAAGUGCAUUUGGAACGAUGCAUCAAGGAUCUGCAGGAAGCGUACGCCAAGAUUGAGCUGAACGUUUCGAAACCAAUCGUUCCGUUCAAGGAAACGAUCGUACCGUUCGUGCCUACGUCCGAAGAUAAUCCGGAGGAAGAAAUUGCAAAGGAUAGGGAGAAGGAUAAAACGGUUACUAUUCAAACGCCGAAUCGCCAAUGUACGAUGAAACUGGUAGCGUUGCCGAUUUCACAAGAAGCGGUUGAUUUGCUAACCAGCAACGAAUCGAUACUGAAAGCGUACGUUAAAGCACACGAAGCGAAGCAAAAAUUGCCCCAAGCGUUACAGGAUUCGAUUGACGAGCUUCGUACAAACUUGAGAAAGCUAUUGCCCGAAACAGUUCCCUUCGAACGAAUUUGGUCCUUAGGGCCAAAGAGAUGUGGCACAAAUUUGCUGAUCAAUUGUACCGAUUUCAAGCACACUUCCGUGUGGUACGAAGAUGACGCGAUCAAACGGGAACUGGAUGAUCCCCGUAAUCAGUACGAGUCAUCGUUUUUGAACGGAUUUCAAAUGGCAUCCUUAGCCGGUCCGCUAUGCGAUGAACCGAUGCAAGGUGUUUGCUUUUUGGUACAACGCUGGGAGGUUGAUGCGACGAUCGGUUUGGAUCUUGCAUCCGUUGCAUCGCACGGACCGCUCUCGGGUCAAAUCAUGUCAGCCGUUAAGGAAGGCUGUAAAAAGGCGUUUCAAAAUCAACCCCAACGGCUGGUCCAUCCAAUGUACAGCUGUAAUAUAACAGUGAACUCGGACGUGCUUGGCAAACUGUACGCCGUGAUAGGACGACGGCAUGGACGCAUCCAGUCGGCGGAUCUGAUUGAAGGCAGCGGUCAGUUUGAUGUGACGGCCGUCAUUCCGGUUAUUGAGUCGUUUAACUUUGCGACCGAAAUUCGUAAGCAAACGUCCGGUUUGGCGAUGCCGCAGCUCGUUUUCAGCCACUGGGAAACGGUCGACAUCGAUCCGCACUGGGUACCGUCGACGGAGGAAGAGUAUCUGCAGUACGGCGAGAAGGCCGACUUUACGAACGUGGCACGCGUGUACAUGGAUGCGAUACGCGAACGGAAGGGUUUGCCGGUCGACAAGAAGCUGGUCGAAUUUGCCGAAAAGCAACGUACGCUGUCGAAGAAUAAGUAA